CCCCAUCCUCUCCUGCUCACUGGCCAAAAGUCGACUAAAGCGCACGGAGCUGGUGCACUAUGGACAGCAACGCGCUUCAGCUUCACACGGACCGGCACUAAAUCCUACUUUUUUAAAUGCCUUAAGAGUUUUAUUUUUUAAUUUUUUAAUUUUUCCACUGGACGGAAAAUUGACAGUUGUGCGUUUGCUCUAAGAGUCAGUGCACUCAGAUGGUAUGGCGGGGCCACAGCCGGGAGUUCACGCGCUCCAGCUCAAACCCGUGGCCGUGUCGGAGAGUUUGAGGAAAGGAAACAAAUUCAUGAAAUGGGAGGAUGACUCCACCACUGUGACUCCUGUGACAUUACGGGUUGACCCCAAAGGCUACUUCUUUUAUUGGACUGAUCAGAAUAAGGAGACAGACCUUCUGGACAUUGCUUAUAUCAAGGAUGCUAGAACUGGGAAAUAUUCCAGGACACCUAAGGAUGCUAAAGUGCGGGAGCAGCUGGGAGUGGCCGGUGUGGUGGGAAAGAUUGAGAACAGAAUGCUGACAGUGGUGACUGGUCCAGACAUGGUGAACAUCAGCUACCUGAACUUCAUGGCCUUCCAAGACGAGGUGGCUAAGGAGUGGUCAGACGAGCUCUUCAGCUUGGCCUCCAACCUCCUGAUCCAAAACAUGUCCCGGGAGUCCUGUCUCGAAAAAGUGUAUACUAGACUAGUGCUGCAGCUCAAUCCUGAAGGAUUUAUUCCUGUGAAGAACAUCUUCCGUGUGUUUUCAGCAGACAGGAAGCGGGUUGAGAAUGCACUGGAGAUCUGCAGUCUUCCAUCGGGCAGAAAUGACUUAAUUCCCCAGGAACAGUUCACUCCAGAUAUAUUCAGAGUGUUCCUCAAUAACAUUUGUCCCCGGAAGGACAUCGAUACCAUCUUCUCAGAAAUUGGUGCUAAGAGCAGGCCAUACCUCACAGUAGAUCAGAUGACUGACUUUAUCAACAACAAGCAGCGAGACCCUCGGCUGAACGAGAUCCUGUACCCUCCCCUGAAGCCCGAGCAAGUGCAGGCAUUGGUGGAGAAGUAUGAACCUGACACCAUGCUCUAUCAAAGAGGGCAGAUUUCUGUUGAGGGUUUUGCCAGGUAUCUAAACGGAGAAGAGAACAGCAUCAUCCCUCCUGAAAAAUUGGACCAGAGUGAGGACAUGACACUUCCUUUGUCCCACUACUUCAUCAACUCCUCCCAUAACACCUACCUCACAGCGGGGCAGUUGGCAGGAAACUCCUCAGUGGAGAUGUACAGGCAGGUUCUGCUGUCAGGUUGCCGCUGUGUGGAGCUGGACUGCUGGAAGGGACGCACAGCUGAAGAGGAGCCAAUUAUCACCCACGGCUUCACCAUGACCACCGAGGUCUCCUUUAAGGAAGUAAUUGAGGCCAUUGCUGAGAGUGCUUUCAAGACAUCCUCUUUUCCUGUCAUCCUUUCAUUUGAGAACCAUGUGGACUCCCCCAAGCAGCAAGCUAAGAUGGCUGAGUAUUGCAGAUCAAUAUUUGGAGAAGCUCUGCUUACAGAGCCACUGGAGAAAUAUGCACUGGAAGCAGGAACUCCUCUGCCCAGUCCCAUGGACCUCUUAGGGAAAAUUCUCAUCAAAAACAAGAAGAAUUCCCACAAGAAUGAGGGCAGCACAAAGAAGAAGCUCUGUGAGCAGACCUCUAAUACCUACAGUGAUACAUCCAGCGUGUGUGAGCCAUCCUCUCCAAGCGCAGGCUCCACAAACCAUGACAUGCCGGACUCGAGUCAGCCAAGUUCAGAGACGGGCAGUGAAACCAGGCUACAGGGGAGAAAAUAUAUGGGUGAGGUUGAUGCAGAAAGCGAGGAUGAGGAUGAUGAAGAUGAUGACUGUAAAAAGUCCAUGGAUGAGGGGACAGCAGGAAGUGAAGCGUUUGCUACUGAGGAGAUGUCCAACUUAGUCAACUACGUCCAGCCAGUCAAGUUCACCUCAUUUGAAGCAUCUAAAAAGUCAAAUAAAAGUUAUCACAUGUCAUCAUUUGUGGAGACAAAAGCACUAGAGCAGCUGACGAAGGCUCCGGUGGAAUUUGUGGAGUAUAACAAACUCCAGCUUAGCCGAAUCUACCCUAAAGGCACUAGGGUGGACUCCUCUAACUACAUGCCUCAGGUGUUCUGGAACGCUGGAUGUCAGCUUGUGGCAUUGAACUUCCAGACGAUAGAUCUGGCCAUGCAGCUGAACCUGGGCAUGUAUGAAUACAAUGGAAAAUGUGGCUAUAGGCUCAAGCCUGAGUUUAUGAGGAGGCCUGAUAAAAACUUUGACCCCUUCACUGAAAGCACAGUGGAUGGGAUUGUAGCGCAUACACUUUCAGUGAAGAUUAUAUCAGGACAGUUCCUGUCCGAUAAAAAGGUUGGCACCUAUGUGGAGGUGGAUAUGUUUGGCCUCCCAGUGGACACAAAAAGGAAAGCAUUUCGGACAAAGACGUCCCCAGGCAACGCCGUUAACCCUGUGUGGGAUGAGGAGCCCAUCGUCUUUAAGAAGGUGGUUCUUCCCACUCUUGCGUCUUUGAGAAUAGCCGUCUACGAGGACAACGGGAAGAUUAUCGGCCAUCGCAUCAUCCCAGUGAAUGCCAUCCGGCCUGGUUACCAUUACAUAGGGCUGAGGAAUGAGAAGAACCAGACACUAACACUACCUGCUGUUUUUGUCUACAAUGAAGUCAAAGACUAUGUCCCUGACACCUUCGCAGAUGUGAUUGAGGCCCUGUCCAAUCCUAUCCGCUAUAUCAACCUGAUGGAGCAGAGAGCCAGUCAGCUUGCAGCUCUCACCCAGGAGGAGGGAGGACAAGAGGUGAACAACAAAGAGAUAGAUGCGUGCGGGGAGAUUGUGUCAGAGUCAAACAGCGAGGUCCAACACCCCCCAGCUGAGAAUGGAACGAGUCAUACUCCUCUCAUCUCCCCCAAACCACCUUCACUGAUCAGCCAUCAUCCACACUCCACAGGAUCUUUGAAACCAACUGUUAGGACUGAAGAUGUGAUUCAGAGUGUUUUGACAGAGUUGGAAGCCCAGACACUGGAGGAACUGAAGCAGCAGAAGGCUUUUGUGCGUGAGCAGAAGAAACAGUAUAAAGAGCUGAAGGAGUUGGUCAAGAAGCACCAUAAGAAAACCACAGACAUGAUUAAAGAGCACACAGCCAAGCAAAGUGAGCUGCAGAGCGAAUAUCAGCGCCGGCAGUCUGCCCUGCAAAAGAGCGCCCGAGUAGUUGGUAAGAAAAGAUCAGGUUCAGAGCAGGCUGUGGAUCAGGAGCUGGCCGCUCUGGAGGAGGAGAACAUGCAGAGACUGAGCGAACUGAAGGAGCAACAGCAGCACCAGCUGCUCACUCUCAGACAAGACCAGUACUACAGUGAACAGUACCUCAAGGGCAAACACAUUAAACAGCUGGUGGAGAAGCUGACCACUGUCGCUGAGGAAUGUCAGAGCAACCAGCUGAAGAAACUUAAGGAGCUGUGUGAGAAAGAAAAGAAAGAGUUGAAGAAGAGGAUGGACAAGAAGAGGCAGGAGAAGAUACAUGAGGCAAAAUCAAAAGAGAAGAAUCUAACAGAGGAAGAGAAGUUAGAAAUCAACAGGUCACAUGUGAAUGAGGUUGUACAGUAUAUCAAAAGGCUGGAAGACGCUCAAAGCAAAAGGCACGAGAAGUUGAUCGAGGCACACAAACUCAUUCGGCAGCAAAUCCUGGAGGAGAAGCCAAAGCUUCAAACCGAGCUGGAUCAGGAAUACCAGGACAAGUUCCGACGACUCCCAGUGGAGAUCCAAGAGUUUGUACAGGAAAGCGCUAAAGGCAGCCUAAGUAAUGAAUGGGAACCGGGCUGCCUUAGCACCUCAUCCACCGCCGAGAACCUGAACCACAAAGCAGGCCAGUCAGAAGAGGACGCAGACGAGGACUCUACAGAGAAGGUGUUCGACACUCCUUUAUGAACUACACAUUGGGUUUCACAUCAGCAGAUGUAAAGAUUUUGUAACAUCUGUAUUUCUGGUGUUACCUCUGAUUUGUCUCUGAUAAAUAAUACUUUAUCAGAGUAUACUUGAACAACAGCAAGGAUACUUUUGGUUUCUUCAUGAUAUUAGGUUUUUAAUUUGUAUAUCCGUUACUGUAAACUGACAAAUUUGAUUAUGCUGCUGUUUGGGUUUAGUUAAGCACUAGGGAUUAUGUCUGUUUUCAUUAGUAGUAAACCCCAGCCUGGGCAAUUAUUUGCAGUGCAAACUAUGAAAAAUUAUUUCAGAGUAAGGCUGUAUAAAUAGCUUUAAACUGUAGAGGCUUUGAGAUCUCUGUCCCAUAUUCACCACAGCACUACAAUAUCUUCUACUGUUUCUUUUAAAUGACCACA